AUGUCCGAGAAGAAGCCACAAGGUUCAGACACCCGUCCCAAGUGCGGCCCCCGCAGUUGGAGUGCCGACAGCUACGCUUGGAAAGGAAAGAAGCGCUCAAGAAGCUCCCGCAAAGGAUCCAGUCCCGGGGGGGGGCGCGAGAUGGAGGGGUCGGAGGAACUCGGGGUUCGUUCCACGUCCUGUCCGAGGAGGCGAAGAGAUAGAAAGUGCAGCUGCGGCAGUCUGGGGGACGACGUCGAUGUCGUAUGUCGAAAGGCCUUAUCCCGGCGUUCUUUGAGGCAGAAGUUCCAGGAUGCGGUCGGACAAUGUUUGCCUUUGCGGUCCCACCAUCAUCAUCACCAUCAUCAUCACACACAGGCCGCGUCGAGACCCUUUUCCGUGUUAUUCUGGUCUAAACGUAAGAUUCACGUUUCAGAACUCAUGCAGGACAAGUGUCCUUUCUCGCCUAAAUCUGAACUCGCCCGUUGUUGGCACCUUCUUAAAAACCAGAGCUCACUCAAGGACUUGGAGGCUCACCUCAAACCCAACUUGGAGUCUUCACCCAACGCCCAAAUUCAGACGCUCUCCUGGGAGGAAAUCUGCAGCUCUGGAUCCGGGAGCACCACCCAAGAGGACUGGGACCCCGGGAGCCACAUUCUGGUUCCCGAUCUCUUACAGAUCAACAACAGCUCCUGCUACUGGGGGAUGCUGAACCGCUUCGAGGCCGAGGAGCUUCUCGACGGGCAACCGGAGGGAACGUUCCUGUUACGCGACUCUGCGCAGGACGACUUCCUGUUCUCCGUCAGCUUCCGGCGGUACAGCCGCUCGUUGCACGCGCGCAUCGAGCAAAACGGCAAACGUUUCAGCUUCGACGUGCAUGACCCGUGCAUGUACCGCGACGCCAGCGUGACGGGGUUGCUGAGGCACUACAGCGACCCCGCGACCUGUCUCUUCUUCGAGCCUCUGCUCUCUCAGCCGCUCGCCAGGACUUUUCCUUUUUCGCUCCAGCACCUUUGCAGGGCGGUGGUCUGCAGCUGCACCACCUAUCGAGGCAUCGAGAACCUGCCGCUGCCCCCUCAGCUCAGGGACUACCUCCGGCAGUACCACAUCAAGUGUGAAGGGGCCUGUGCUGUGUGA